UUUAGUCCCGUCCGGCGCGCGGGAUACACCCACGACAAAACGACAGACUUCUCUCACUCAGCAGUCUCUGAUUACCACCCCCCGCCUCCUCGCAUCUCGAGCCCCCGACAUGUCGUCGGCUGUCUCCGAGACGGACGAUUCGGCGGGCAUCUCCCCGCUCACGCCGCUCAAACUGGUCGGGCUGCUGUGCGUUUUCCUGGCAUUGUGCUUGGAUGUGGGUGCCGUGAUGAGUCCCGCGUGGGUGACGGCCGACGACCAGUAUUACCUGUCCCUGUGGGAGUCUUGCUGGAAGCCGACAAGCACCGACAAGUGGCAGUGCAACACCACGUUGAGCUCAGACUGGCAGGUUGCCACACUGGCGUUGUUGCUAGGGGGCGGAGCCCUGGUGCUGAUGUCAUUCCUGGUGGCUCUGGUGGCCGUGUGCAUCGGCACGAGGCGGCGGUUCUACAGGCCUGUUGCCUUCAUGCUUUUUGCCACAGUGGUCCUGCAGGCUUGCAGUUUGGUGCUCUACCCAGUCAAGUUCAUUGAAAGCAUAAACCUGAAGAUUUACCAUGAGUUCAACUGGGGCUAUGGCCUAGCCUGGGGAGGAACCAUCUUCUCUUUUGGCGGGGCUGUCCUCUACUGCCUCAACCCCAAAAACUAUGAUCAGUACUACUAGCUUCCACCAUCCAGACCCACCCGCUGGGAAAGUGAAAGAAUGUAUGGUGAGGUUCAGGUGCAGAUGACUAACACAUUUGCCAAGCAAGCUAGAGGAUUGUUGUACACAAGUUUACACGGUCCUAACUCUAACCUCACGCCUCCAUUCUGUCAUGUGACAUAGAAAAACAAUGGCAAAAAAAAAAAAUUGUACACAUGCAACUUCCUCCGACAUAUUCAUUCACCAAGCCGUACAUGCUACAUAUCAGAACAGAAAAAAGUACCCAUUUCGUACAUCAGCCUCAUCCUUAUCAUUACAAAUGGACAUUAGACAUGCAGGAGAUUCCGCUCGACCAAUUAGGCAUCGCUACUAUUGAUUCAUAUGUCGGUCACCGUGGUAACUCUGCAGGGUAUGACGCGCCGAGCCUCCUUGAAUGUAUAGCCGCUGUCUUCGGUGUGAGACUGUACUGUGCUCGUCCCCUCAAGGUCUGCUAAAUUCAAAAUUAAUCUGAUUUUAGCAAAACACUACUACAUUUUUCUGCAUAUUAUAAAGGUAACUGAUGAUAAAAACAAACAUGGCAGGCAGAAGCUGCUUUUGAUGGUUCGUGAGAAACAAUAUCAAUUUUAAAUUGUCAGUAUCAUUCAUAGGAGAUUGACGAUUCUAAAUUGGCCAUUGAUGGAAAUGUGAAUCAAUGCCCUUUGAUUUGUGAUGUUUUAUGCAGCUACCAGAUAUGAUCGACAACUACCAUCAGUCAUACAUAUCAUCAUAUUGUACUUUGCAUCUGACCUUCGUUAUAUCCGAAAUGCCACAACUCAGCUUAGCGCUACGUGAGUUACAAAGAGGGAAGAAUAUCAUUUGACAGGAGGCGUCAAUCCAUGAGACUUUUUAGCUACCUAGAAAAAUGUGUGUGUGCUAAGUGAUGCUGUAGGUCAGCCUUAGAUCUGUCCAACAGCUCAAUGUUCAGAUAAAUGAGAAUGGCUACUACAUUUUUGUGCAACAGAACAAUGACAUGUUUGGGCUGAAGCAGCUACGCUUAGGAGUGACUUACAAAACAAGUCUGUGUUGGACCAUGUCUUGAAAUAAACAUUGCCAAAAUGUUAUUGUAGAAGUGUUGCACUCAUUGGAAUUAUCCAAAGUCCUGUCGCUGCACUUUUUUUUUUUACUCCCUGCAUUAUUGCAUAAUCUAAUCAUAAACUUUAAACACUGCCUACAUCAAAAUUUCACCCCCAAAAAAUGAUAAAAUAUUGAACUCUGCUCGCUUGUGUGUGGAGGUAAAAAAAAUAAUGUGACAAAAGUUGAAUUGUUGCAUAAUAUCACACCUUUUUAUGGUAAGGCAAGGCAAUUUUAUUUAUAUAGUACAAUUCAACACAAGGCAAUUCAAAGUGCUUUACAUCACAUGAAGAUCAUAAAAAUCACAUUAAAAUCAAUAGGAUGUAAA